AUGCAUGGCAUGUUUGGAUACAUUUUCUCUGACUUGAUCAAGCAUGAGUCUAGAAUUCAAACUGAGAGGGGCAAUCAGCCUCGUGAAGUAAACCUGAAAAUUAAUGAUGUUAAGACAAUCACAAAAGUUGAAUAUAAGCAACUGGAGAAUGUGGAGCUAGUAACCAUUGAAGACGAGUUCUUCCCUCUAUCAGGAUUAUUUACAUCCUCCAAAUUGACGAGACAGUUGAACAAAAGACAACUUAAGAGAUUAUCGCCAGCAUUACCAUUGAUUCUCUCUCUUUUCGAGGUAGAGAAGCCUUCUGAUCCUGAACAAAAUUUGGACAAGGAACUUCUUCGCAAGCUACUGUUGGAAAAAUGCGAGUCACUUGAUAUUCUUCCGACGAUUGUUAGUGAAGAAUAUUUAGACCUUUUCUCUGCACAAGCAUUCACUGAAUUUGCACCAGUGGCUUCUAUUUUGGGUGGUUUUCUAGCACAAGAUGUAAUCCAGUUUCUAGGACAGAAAGAAAGCCCCAUCAACAACUGUCUCAUUUUAGACUCGCAUCGCUCUGAAAUUCCUAUUUACUACUUAUAA